AUUGUGGACCCCCCCUCGCUUACCCUAUCUCAAUCUCCAGCCCCUCUCUCUUUCCAGAAUCUAGUCCCUCACUAUCCAGUUACCAAGAUGGCCGCUUUGAAAGAUUUUUUGAAAGCUGAUGAUAUUCAGAAGGCCCUUGAGGCAGUCAAAGCGGAGGGUACCUUCGACCAUAAGAAGUUCUUUGCUCUGGUGGGCCUGAAGGCCAUGACUCCUGACAACGUCAAGAAGGUGUUCCAGGCUAUUGAUGCUGACCAGAGUGGAUUCAUUGAGGAGGAGGAGCUCAAGUUCGUGCUGAAGAGUUUCGCUGAGGAUGGCAGAGACCUGACCGACGCCGAGACCAAAGCAUUCCUUAACGCCGCCGACAAGGACGGAGACGGAAAGAUCGGCAUUGACGAGUUUGAAGUCUUGGUCCAUGAGGUGUAAAGAACAACCCUCGUCUCCCCCUUUCUCCUCCCCUGUGAAUUCCUGUUUUAACUACAAUCUCCCACCUCUAUGCCUCCCCCCCAUCACCCAGAAAAGCACCAUCCGGGUGAAGUUUCUCCUCGGUACAGAUCUAGGAUCAGCUUCCCCUUCCCCAAUCCCAACCUUAUCUACUAGAGUGGGGAAAAUGUAAACUGACCCAAGAUCAGCGUCUAGGCUACUUCACCCUACACCGCACCAUGCAGGCCCAGUCUCUCUCAGUGAAACAGUACAGGAGACAUCCACCAGGGAGAGGUAGAGAGGGGACACCCCAACAAGCACUACUGUAUUUAUUUGUACGUUUUUCUACCUUACCAACAUACUGUAUACGUGUCCUGUUUUGAUUUGAAAACCUCACGACUGUCUCAUUUUAAAAGAAAACCUUUACUGUAGAUAUAAUGUACCAGAAACCAUCCUUUUCCUCUCACCGUCUAUAAACCCUAUGUCACUUUACCCAAAUGCCACCCUACUACCUUCAUAGAGCACUUCUUCAAAAGAGUGACAAAAGGGAAUAGGGUGCCAUUAUUUGGGGACGCACCCUGUACAACCUGUCUCUCAUUCUUUAUUUUUGCCUAUUCACACAUACUUGUACCCUCCUUCCCUCCCUCCCUCCAUUCCUCCUUCCUCUCUCGUCUGGUAAUGAGAUGUAUAAAUAAAGAAGAGGUAGAGCUGUGAAGAGAGAUACAUGAUUCAAAUAAGAAAUAAUAAGGAAUAAAACACCUUAAGUAAAAUGA